AUUUUUGCAUGUCGAACUCUGGAGGACGAUUUGCACCUUACAAAAAUGCUCUCACCGCGAUUUCUAAGAGGGCGGGAACACCACUACCUUCUCUCAUAGUCUCUUUUGCCAUCCUUCAUGAAUUAACUGCCAUCGUUCCCAUUGUGGGUAUUUUUUACACAGCACGGAGUCUAGGCGCAGGCGAGCGUGUUGUCAACGCUGUUGCUCUCCAACGAGAUGGCUCUAUCGAUGACCAGUAUUGGGUGAACACCCAGCUGAGAUCGUGGGUUGAUGAGGGCGAGCAAUGGGCUGGUCGCGUUGGACGUCGAUAUGGCAUCUUCGGCUUUGAGAAAGGCAAGGUUGUUGACCAGACCCAGACGAGCGAGUUGUCUGGUAAGCUAGCGGGGGACGUUGCUAAUGCUGUUCUGGCUUAUGGUGCCGUCAAGGCACUUUUACCUGUCCGCAUUGGUCUUUCGUUAUAUCUUUCUCCGAUGUUCUCUCGGACAGUUGUAGAGCCGAUUCGAUUGUGUGGCCUUCGUCUAUUAGGACGCGAUCCGAAAUCUAUGUAAAAGGUUACUAGUAAUGAGCAUACCCUUUUGUCACUUAAAAGACGUCUUAUAUAAUGCUCGUUUCCUCCGAUGCGUUUGAGCCAUAUUUUUCUUCCUCCCAGUCAAAUUGGCUCUCCAAAGACUUGUUCCACCUUUGAUGAUGCCUCAUUCCCUGGGGAGAGCGCUUCUAUCUCGUCCUAGUGUCUCGUGCUACAUGCGAUUUCAGUGGAGCACAUC